GGUCUUGUGCGAUAAGAACUUAUAGCAGUCACGUGUCUUUUGGAUUUCAAAGCCUCUGUUCCAGCUGGGGAAAGCUUCAGUCGCUGAAUGACUCGAUCUGGAGAUGAGGUUGGACCGUUAACAAGAAUGAAGCACCUGAUAGAAGCUCUUGCUUUCUUGCUUCUCUUCGGCUUUGAGGCCAUUGAUGCUCAGGGGUGUGGCGGCAACCUAUCGGGUGCCUACGGAGAGUUCUGGAGUGAAAACUACCCCAACGAGUACCCCAAGUUGAAACGAAACUGUACCUGGCAUUUAACCGCCCUACCCGGGACAAUCAUUCAGCUCGAAUUUCUGGAUUUCGACCUGGAACCUGUCGGGCUGUACUCGGGGUAUAACUACACCGCCUGCAUGUUCGAUUAUGUGAUCGUCGAAGACCCUCUGUCAGGAACAGCAUGGAGAGAUCUGUGCGGAAACACUCUUCCUCCAGUCAUGCGCGGGUCGGGUAACAUCUUGACUGUGUUGUUUGGCUCGGAUACUGAUGACAGUUACCGAGGUUUCAAAGCUCAGUUUCAGUCAAAUCCGUGCCCCGAUGCCAUCAACGACUGUGAUCACAUUUGCAUCGAGAACCAGGGUUCCAGAUCCUGCUUAUGUUACAAAGGAUACAUCCUAAACAGCAAUGAUGCUAAAACUUGUGAUGACAUCGAUGAAUGUGCAAUUAGAAGACACAAGUGUGGCCAGACCUGCCUCAACCAGCCAGGAUCCUACACCUGCGACUGUGACCCUGGGUACCGACUGAUGGCGGACGGCUUUGCCUGUGAAGACAUCGACGAGUGCACGGAACUGGCUGACCCGUGUGAUCAAAGGUGCUACAACCUCCCCGGCUCCUAUGCGUGCGCAUGUGACCCCCAGUUCACACUCACCGCUGACGAAUCUGCGUGUGAGCCUGUGAGUAAAAAUGCAGUGAUCGACAACACCACCACCGCCGCCACCAACAGCAACAACACGGGCUACGACAAGAAUCUGGUGCUGGGGUUGGCCAUCGCCCUCGCCGUGUCGCUGCUGGUGUUACUCCUGCUGCUGCUGCACCUGUGCACCAAGUGCUGCGCCAAAACUGCGAAGACCAGCAAGAAGAAGAUACCCCCCAAGCGCCGGGGGAGCAGGGUGGACGUAGUCCCGAGUCAGCAGCACGUGAACUACGUCCGUCAGCCGCGACACUGGCCCGGCACCGCGCCGGACUUCAUGACCAGCUCCGCGGCUCCCUUCAGCCACAUGAAGAGGUUCACUGAACUUCCGGCCCUCAGUGUCCAGUGAUGUCCACCCUGGACACACAGUCAGUAUAGAAGUGGAUGUUCAGUAACCUGUCACAAAAUAAUGGUUAAUAAUUCGUCAGAUAGAGUGGUAAUUAAUUUACUGUCAUUAAGUGUUCAAUGAACUGUCAAUAGAAACAACUCACUGAGCUCUCGACAAAAUCAUUUUACAUGUUGAUGCUGUUAGUUGAGAGAGAGACUGUUUCAGGAAUGUUUCUCUAAGUGUACGGUCUCCUCUAGUUCACUUUCUUCAGUAAAGAUUAAGCUGAUUAACAUAAUAAAUUCUUUAUGUUGCGUGAAAAUUUCAGAAUUAAAAACAUUUUUACUAUUUCUUCAUUUUCAUAAAGUAAUGAUAGCAUUUUAUUUAUUCGUAUAUUGCACUUUUGAUUACAUUGUAGCGGUCAAAUGCUGAAGCCAAAAUCAACAUGAUUAUUUAGUGAUUAUCAGAAGUAAUAAAUCUUAGGAAAUGGAAUUUAAAUAUUUGGAAAUUUACAAGAUUCAUAAUCAAUAAA